AUGCCUGCUAAAGAGGAGAAGCAGCUGGCUGGUAGCUUAGCUCAGCGCAAGUGCCUGUUUAAAGUUUUUGAUGCGCUUGAGCGGUUCAUCCGUGAUUACGAUCAUGAUCGCGACAGUUUCCAGUUGUGUAGUGUGAUCGAGAAGCUGGAUGCACCAGAGGCUCUGGAUGAGCACAUCGACGAACGCGUUGAAUUCGAGCAACGGUACUGCAAGGCAAAGGGUUUCCUUCUCUCGAAGCGCACCGGGGAUCCUAACCAGUCGGCAUUGAACGAUUCGAUUCACGCUCCACAGCAACAUCAAGCAAACUUCCACCUCCGUCUGCCAAAAAUCGACCUACCGAAGUUCAAUGGGGACUUUUCACGUUGGAUUUCAUUCCGGGACACGUUCACAUCGAUGAUCCACGCGAACGGCGAUAUUUCCACAGUCGCCAAGCUCCAAUACCUUCUCCAAUCUUUCGAAGCUACGCUACAAUUUGAAGACGCUCUUCUGAAGAGGUACGACAACCGGAAAUACCUUAAGAAGCAACUCUUCAAGGCGCUGUACGAGUUGCCCGCAGUGAAGCAGGAGUGUGCAACACGCAUCCACGGUUUGGUCGACGAUUAUCAACGUCAUGUUCGCGCCCUAGCCAAACUGGGCGAACCGGUGGAAUAUUGGGACUUGCCACUCAUCUACCUGCUCUCGUACAAGUUGGAUCACGCCACACUACGCACAUGGGAGGAGAAGACUAGCCUCAGGGACGAUCGGGUGCGGAUACUCAAUUCCGUCGGGCCAGACAGUCAUCAAUCAGCCUCGUCGAAGGUGGCCGGCUUCCAGCAGAAAAGCUUCAAGCAGAAAGUGUCGGUCAAUGCAUCAGCCUCAUCCACUCCCAGCUACUCCUGUCCACUUUCCUGUUCGGACAGUCAUUCCAUCCGAAUAUGUCCGGUGUUUCUUGGGAAGAACGUCAGUCAACGCCGAGAGUUGGCUUCCCAAAAGCGCCUGUGUUGGAACUGUCUCAGCGUUGGUAAUCAAUCCAAGAAGUGCAAUUCCAAAUACAACUGCCGUACAUGUCAUGAGAAGCACCAUUCGCUUCUGCAUGAUUUCACUCCAGCGAAGGUACCAUCCACGCCAGCAAUGCAAGUAAGCACAACAGAGCCAGCCGUGUCGUCGAAGCCCGCUGUUUCUACAGUUUCCUCCGUUCAGCAACCGCUUCCAUCCACGUCCCGCCAAGUUAGCAUGGCAGUCCAAACUGCAUGCACCAUGACGCUGCUUGAAACGGUUGUUCUCAACAUCGUUGACGACCACGGCAUCUCGUACAAGGCUCGUGCUCUCCUCGAUUCGGCAUCGAUGUCGAAUUUCAUCUCGAAACCGUUGGCGAAGAUCCUCUUCAACCGCCGUUCUACAGUGGACGUAUCCGUCGCAGGCAUCGGAUCCUCCACACAGAAGAUUAGUAGUGCCAUUACAGCAACCAUCGAGUCGGGAGAUCGAACGAUCUCGAUGAAAUUGCAGUUUUUGGUACUGAAGCAGCCAUCGUCAAUAUUUCAGCACCUCGUCAUCGGUAGCGAAACUUACUGGGAACUCCACACGGGACAGAAGAUUUCUCUGGGUGAAGGUUUUCCGUGGGUAGUCGAAACUCUCUUUGGGUGGGCGGUCACUGGUCCCGCAUCUCGCUCGGCUACCUGCAUUCCACGGUUCUGCUACCUCUCCACUGCUGACGAUCGACUGGAAGCCGCUCUACGCAAGUUCUGGGACAUGGAAAUAAUUCCAUCGGCUCCAGUUCGAUCUACCGAAGAAAGCAUAUGCGAAGAACACUAUGCUGCUACUACGAUGCGCAAUUCCGCAGGGCGGUACAUUGUGCGUCUUCCGAGAACUGAAGAUUCUGAAAAGGUUCUCGGGGAAUCAAGGUCGAUUGCCGAUCGUCGCUUCCUGAGUUUGGAACGGCGAUUAGAUAGAGAUCAUGCAAGCAAGGACUCAUACCAUCGAUUCAUGGAGGAGUAUCUACAGCUUGGUCACAUGCAGGAGUUACCAGAGCCUGUAGAUGAUCGAAUUGAACACUCCUACAUCCCCCACCACGUCAUCUUCAAGGAAUCCAGUACUACCACAAAGGUCAGGGUAGUUUUCGACGCGUCAUGCAAGACCUCGUCCGGCUAUUCUUUGAACGACACGCUCCUUGUUGGACCAGUCGUCCAGCAAGACCUCUACUGCAUAUACACGAGAUUCCGGACAAAACGCAUUGCCAUAGUAGCAGUCGUCGAGAAGAUGUACAGGCAGGUAUUGCAUCAUCACGACGAUCGCCGUCUCCUUCGUAUCCGCUAUCGCAGAUGUUCAUCCGAUUCGAUCGCUACGUUCGAACUACAGACCGUGACAUACGGCACGGCUAGCGUACCGUACCUUGCAACGAAGACACUCCAGCAGAUUGCCAUCGACCAGGCGGAGUUCUAUCCUGCUGCUGUCGACCCAGUGGUGGAAGAUUUUUACGUCGAUGAUCUGUUGUCCGGCGCAUCUGACGUGGAAUCCGCCAAAACACUUCGCCGUCAAAUCACUGCCAUGCUCGGUUCCGCUGGAUUUUCGCUGAAGAAGUGGGCGUCGAACGCUCCAGAAGUCCUCCAUGAUGUUCCGCCAGAAGAUCUGGCCAUCCAACCACUCCACGAUGUGUAG